UGAUAACAACCAUAUGAAAAUACUAUGUAUGUUAUUAUCACAUUAGUACUCCCCUCCUGCUAUAAUGAAGCUGGUUCACUUAUUGGAUACUUCAGUGCCAGAGAAUGCUGCGUGGAGAUGGAAGGGAGCCGUUCCUACAGAUACGGAGAUAGAUCUUUCCCCUGCAUAGUCCAUGGAUUUGUGAAGACAAUAUACAGUGUUGUAGAGGGGGAGACAUUGGACAUUGCUUUUGGAAGAAAUGCCAAGGGCAUAACUAACUUCCCACUAAUCACAAUCGAAGGCAGGAUCAUAUCAGAGGGGGAUGAGGAUGAUUACCAGCCAGUCUCAGUCACUUUAUAUCGAAGAGACCAAAGGAUAACUCUCAGUUUGACAGCAUACAAUGAUAUGAUUGCAUUGGAAGAUGGCGACAAAGUCAUUCUAAGACACACCUCCGGUAUCAAUAAUUAUGUCAAUCUGGUGGAGCAAAGAGGGGAGUUUAUCAGCCACACUACGGAAGUAGCCAUUGUGGAUAAAAACAACACCUUAUGAAUUCUCUGCAGGAGUGGAAAUAGAUCUCGCUCAGUCAGUUUACACUGUGUCCGAAGAUGAAGCGGGUAAUCAAAUACUCACUCUAGUAAUCAAGAACGGUUUAACAGUACAGGGCACUAUCCCUCUGAGGCUUACAGCUAUGAGUCUGACUUCACCCGUUGUUAAUGAGGCUCACAAGGCUACACCAAGACAAGAUUUCCAUGUAGAGACUGUGGAUAUUGAAAUCCCUCCUGGAGCAGUUGGCAUGACCAAUAUUAGUCUGAACGGCAUCAUUAUUGAUGAUAACACUGUGGAAAACCACAUCCAGAGGUUCAGCCUGAUGGUGGAGGUAUCUGAAGACCGAGUGUUCUUUGAUUCAGACAACUCCACUAAGAAAUCGGCUCAAGUGGCUAUUGAGAGUGAUGACACGGUCAGUGUUUCUCUAUUGUUGUCUAAUCUUGUAUUCUAUGAAAGUGAUGAAAGUCCAUUCAAUAUUUGUGUGAUCGUAACAAGUGAAGGAACAGACCAAAACUGUCCUGUGGAGUUUCAAGUAAACUAUACUCUUAGCUUCACCAAGUACUCAUACACCGAAAAUGGAGAUGACGAGACAAUCUUUCGCGAUGUUACUGUUGAUAAGUGUGACAACAUGACGUGUGUCAAUCUCAAGGCUGUCUUCAACGUUCAGAAUGAUGAAGAAUUUAAUUUGCAAUUGUUUAAUGUGUCUCUUCUACCUAAUGCUGAAACCGAUAUACCUCAGUCUCGGAUGAUCCGAGUCUUUACAGAUGUUGUGAAGUUUGAAAUAAGAGACGACGACUUACUUCAGAUUAGGCUGGAAAACAGGGAACACUAUGUUUUUGAGUCUACCAGUGCUGUCAACAUCUGUCUGGUAAUUGGUGGGGAUGAGGAUUGUCCAAUAAAUGCUAUAUACUACUACCGUGUUCACACAUAUGGUGGAAAUGCAAGUGCGUUUGAAGACUACAGGCCAUUUAACAGUUUAAACGUGUUUCAAGUAUGUAAAGAGAGAAACUGCUUCCAAAUUGAUAUUUUGGACUCAUCCCCUCUUCAUGAAGAUGUUGAAUAUUUUGAGUUUAUACUGACUAUCGAGAAUGAUGUGGUACCGUUUGCAGAGCUGGUGGACGCACAAGGAAGAGUCUUCAUCAUACCAAAGCCUACAGUCAAUCUUAUGGCAGAAUCAUUUACUGGCAGUGAAGCAGAUGAGAAAGUUAAAGUCUGUGCUUCUCUCUCCAACUAUGACACCCGCUAUAAUAUCAGCGUAUUGAUUAAUGUGGUUCCUACUCUUUGGGAAAACCCUCAAUCUGCAGAUUAUGAUGAUUUCAGCAAUGAAACCUUAGAGAUGAGGUUUAAUUCAAAUGAGGCAUGUGUUGACAUCAAACUCAUUGAUGAUAACAUGGUUGAAUUGCAGUAUGGGUAUUUUCGGGAGAGUUUUCGAGUCACGCUUGAAUCGCCAGACAACAAUGUCCGGUUAGGAGAAGUAAUAUCAGCGCGGGUUUAUAUCAUUGAUGAUGAUUAUACUCGGGUUGAAUUAGAUCGCGACUUGACCAAUUUCACUGUACGAGAGGGAAGCAGUGAUCCAGCUAGAGUGUGUGCUAGUGUAGUGGAUCCUCUUGAUCCCGUCUGUCCCAUUCAAUUUCCUGCUGGUAUUGUCUUCCUUUCUGAAAGUUACAGUGCAGUACCUCCUGGAGAUUUCAGGGCAAUCUCCGCGCUUAGAGCAAUCAAACAAUGUGAUCAUACAGUGUGUGUGGACAUGGUCUAUCAUGAUGACAAUAUAGUGGAAACGGACGAGGUGUUUCAGGUGUAUAUUACAAAUAGUCCAGGCCUAGAUCCAAACAUCAGAUUUGAUCGGACCAGAUAUGACAUAACAAUCAUGGAUAAUGAUGUUGUCACCAUUGGUCCUGACCAUGUCAAUAUUGACGUCAAUGAGUCGGUGGGUGUGGUUGAAGUUUGCAUUGUUGCAGAAGAUGGGCUUGAUGAGGACUGUCCAGUAGGUUUUCCUCUUAAUCUUACACUUCUAAUCAGUGAAGAUUAUACUGAAAGUCUCGUAUUUGGAGAGUGUGAUGAAUUAUAUCAAUGCCUUGUGCUGUCAAUAAUUGAUGAUGAUCGGGUUGAAGAAGAGGAACAACUGAGCAUUAUUUUGAAGAACACAUAUGAGAGGGAUAAUGUUUUACUCAGGAAUGGUACUCUCACUGUCAUAGAUGAUGAUGAGGCUGUGGUGGGACUGGAGAGACUGGUGUAUAGUGUGUACGAGGAUGAUGAGGAAGUUGAAAUUUGUGUGACAGUAUACUCACCUACAACUGACUGCCCCAUCGCCUUCCCUUUUGAGGUGGUAUUUGAAGCAAAUCCGGACACUGCAUUUCCGGGAAGUGAUUAUAGGCUCGUAGAUGGAUUUUAUAUGUUUGGAAAGUGUCAAACAAGGAUUUGCUUUUUGCCAGUGGAUAUAAUUAAUAAUGACCUAAUGGAAGACACAGAGAUGUUCUCAGUCACACUGCAGCUAGGCUUCAGCGACAAUAUCAAUAUCACUCCAAAUGUAGCUACAGUUACCAUUAUGGAUAAAGAUGUGCUCAUUGUCAGUUUUGACAAAGCUGUCUAUGAUGUCCAGGAAACUAGUCGUAAUCUCACAGUUUGUGUGGAGGUUACUUCCCCAAAUGUAUCCUGCCCAGUUAAAACUUCAUUUUCCCUGAGUUUUUUUAUUCUUGGAUAUACCGCCAUAAAUCCCGAGGAUUUUGUUGCUGAGUUUUAUACAGCAAUAGAGUUUACUCCAUGCAGCAAAAGAUGGUGUGCUCCUCCAAUUACCAUUGUUAAUGACCAGCAACUGGAGCAGGAGGAGCUCUUUGACUUGAUUCUCCUGAGUGAUAAUCCUGAGCUGGUUACACCUCAUCCCAGUCACGCCAUUGUCAACAUCCACGAUGAUGGAGAAAUGGCUGAGGUACAGUUGCAGACAACAGCUUAUACUGUGACAGAGGUUGUGAAUGACUCAGUGAGCAUAUGUGCAGUGGUAUCCAGACCAGCUAAUGGAGACUGUCCAAUUACCUUUGAAUGUACAUUGAAUCUCUCUGUUGGAGGUGAUAACUACCCAAUGGUACUUUGGCCAUGUCAGCGACAACAAUGUGUUCAUGUGCCAAUAAAAAAUGACUAUCAAGUUGAGAUGACAGAAACUCUACUGAUUCGAUUGGAGCGGAGUGAAUCUCUUGACAGUAGGAUCCUGAUUAAUUCAUCUGGAAGUCUAACGAUCUAUGAUGACCCUAGUGAUAAUUCAACAGUAGGUUUGGAGAGUGUACGGUACAUAGGUUUGGAAGGGGAAGCAGUUGAAAUAUGUGCCACAGUGAAAAAUCCUGCUAAUAUGGACUGUCCUAUCAAGUUCGAGUUCUCUCUCAUAGUUUCUACUGCUGAUGACACUGCAGUAUUUGCAGAUGACUAUGAGGAAUUCAGAAGUAACCUGACCUUUAGCACAUGUGAGAUGAGAAGAUGCAUCUCAAUAAGUACUGUGCCAGAUGGCUGUAUUGUGGAAGAACUUGAAGAGUUCAUAAUAUUGCUGAAUAUGGUAGUGGGAGAAGGACCAUUGGACAGAAUACACCUGGAACCAGCUGAGGGAAGAGUUGCAAUCGUUGAUAAUGACGUGGCUUAUGUACGUUUCAUUAAUAAUACUGAUGUGGUCGUAAAUGAAGGCGGCGGUUCAGUGUUGUUGUUCUUGGCAAUGACUGAUGAGGAUGGCCUGAUGACGUGCUCCUGUGAAUUUGAAUUUAGUGUGACUGUGCUUACCAGACAAGGAACUGCCGAACGUGACAGAGACUAUCGACAAAUAUUUCCCAUGGUUGUGUUUUCUGGAGAGCUAAUCAAACCUGUUAUGGUGACAAUCAUUGAGGAUGAGACGGUUGAAGAACUGAACGAGGACUUCACUGUCACAGUGGCACGAUCUGUGGGUCAACCAGCAAACGUAAUUCCAGUCAACAUACCUGCAAGGAUCACAAUCAGAGAUGAUGACAAUGCGACAUUUGGUCUAGAGAAGGCAUCGGUCAGUGUGGUUGAAGAUCUGACAUUCAGAGUGUGCGUGGUGCUCAAGUCUAUGAAAGAAAACUGUUCAGUAGACUUUCCAUUUUACCUCAUUCUUGCAGUAUUUGGUGUAGCAACAUCAGAAGACCAUGAUGCCUUCACCACUAAUAUCACCUUUGGAGAGUGCAGUAGGAGAGAGUGUACAUACAUAACAGUCUUUGAUGACAUGUCUCUCGAGCGUCAGGAACCCUUCUCUCUCUCCCUGUUACGUCUCCCAGGGAAUGACAGAAUUCUGCUAGAUGUUGUGGAGAAAGUCGUGACAAUCUUCGACACUGACAGUAUCACAAUUGAUUUUGAUGACCCCGGAGUAGUAGUUGAAAGUUAUGCACUGGAAGUCUGUCUUAUUAUUGAGGGUGCACCUACCAGCGCCUGCCCUUCUUCUGUUCCACUAAGAGUUAUCUUGCAAACUUUUGAUGGCACUGCUUUGGCUGGCUCCGACUAUGAGAGGACAGUUAAUAUACAGAUAAUACCAGAGUGUGCAACGAGAAUCUGUAUGGAAAUUUCAACGAUUGACGAUAACACAUUGGAAAAUAUUGAAUAUUUCUCUGUACUUUUGAGCCAUGGUGCCAAUAUAGAUUUGGAUAGUAGAAUUAAUAUCUCUAACCCUGAAAAACAAUAUGCAAUAUUUGACAUUGAUACGGCCAUUGUAUCAUUCAGAAGUCACUCGCAUGUAGUAGCAGAGACUGAUGAAGUGGCACAGUUAUGUGUAACUGUGAGGCCAGCAUCUGGUGGAGGUGGCUGUCCAGUGGACUACAGCUUCACCGUGUCUAUCAUUAAAAUGGAUAUCACAGCAGAUGCUGGGGACUAUGAAAAAUCACCAAUUACAGUGACAUUCCCACGCUGUGGUACUGAGCAGUGUACAGACAUUCCAAUAUUCUAUAGCUGUGAUAUGGAGCCUGAUGAAAGUUUCAGAGCUAUCUUACAAGGAGAGCAUAUCUCAGCCAGGAUCAUUAUUGAUGAUAGGGACCUCAUAGUGAACAUUACUGACUCUGACGCUUUGGAAGUUAAACUUGAGCAUACAGUGUAUAGAGUUGAAGAAAAUGAUAGCCUGGUAGAAGUGUGUGCUACUCUUCAUCCACCCAACUACAAACCAGCAAUGCCUUUUCGUGUGCAUAUACGGACACUUUCUAACAGUGCAGGAUUACAAGAGGAUUUUACACCGAUAAGUACUUACUUGAGGUUCUCUUCCACUGUCACCAAGCAGUGUAUCACGAUCAGCAUCUCGGAUGAUACACUGACUGAGUUUCCUGAGGAAUUCUUCACUGUGGCUCUGGAGAGAGCAGAAAAUACUCCAGACAGAGUACUAUUGACUUGUAACAAGGCUGAUAUAAUCAUCAUUGACAAUGAUGAUGCCACAGUGGAGUUUGAAAGUUUGACAUACACAGUAAAUGAGAAUGCUGGGCAAGUGGAAGUUUGUGUGGCUGUCACCAGUCAAAAUUAUAACUGUCCUGUGGCCCAUGACUUCUCAUUAGUGUUCGGAAAUGAAGAAUAUUCAGCAGGUAGAAGAUAUGACUACGUAGAUGAAGAUGCGAAUGGUACACUACAAAUUGAAGCAUGUCAACAAAGACAAUGUUUCUCUGUUGGUAUUGUGGACUCCGACCAGCUGGAAGAAGAAGAGAGCUUUGAUAUCAGCCUUUUCAGGAAUGGCCUUCAUAAUAACAUCCACAUUGGCCCCCAGAGUUUUACCACCGUUACCAUCCGAGAUGAUGACACGGUGGAGGUGGGUCUAACUCAAACUAACUACAGGGUAGAGGAAGGUGGUACACUAACAGAGAUAGUGUGUGCAAAGGUGUUUGGUGAAAAUGGUGAAUGCAUUGUGCAUUACCAUUCUUUGUGUAUUCACCACCAGUGAUGGAAGAGCUGAUUCACCUGAAGACUACACUGCUCUAACUCAGGCUGAGAGGCGUUUCUCACCUUGUAUAUCUCAAGUCUGUAUCGAACUAGAAACUAUUAAUGACGGACUUGUAGAAGGGGAUGAGAAUAUGUUUGUGUCACUAACUACAGGAAACAAUUGGGACAGCAGAUUGAGUUUAAAUCGAACUAAUGCUCAAGUUACCAUCGAGGAUGAUGACUAUGUUACUAUAGGCCUCCAGCGGACAGAUUACACUUUCAGUUCUACAGCCGAGAAAGUGGAAGUCUGUGUCUACAUGUCGAACUCAUCGGGAAGUCAAACCAACUGCCCCAUUGGUUUCCCCGUUGACAUUUUCUUCAACUUCACAGAAGCUGUUUUUGAAGUGGACUCAGCCCAAGAGCUUAGUGCUGGUGAAGGCAUUGAGAAAGUGGGAGAAACAGCCUUAAAACUUCAGUUUGAAAUGUGCCAGAGUGAAUUCUGCUUUGACAUCAGUCAAAGAAAUGUGACAAGAGAAGACCGUGGAAGGUUUGAGAUAUUUCUGGCAGCAACACCAGAAUAUGGCAGAAUCAUUGUGCUUGAUCCAGAAAAACAAGAGGCUAUAUUGAAAUUCGUUAACUCUUUUGAUGACUGUAACUAAAAGAAAACUAGAAAGAGCUGUAUUUUUUUGCUUGUGAAAGGCAAGCCAAGUAUGUAUUUCCGCAGUGAUUACUGUCUGUAAGAAUCACAUGUAUUAAUUAUGUUGAAAAUCAUAUUGUGCACACAAUAGCUACACGUUUUAACUCAAAAUAUGUAAGCACGCACAUUCAUCCCUUUCUCCUUUCGCUGUUAACCUCCUCACUCAGUUAUAUUAUAUACCUGACCUAAACUUGUCUAGACACCCAGCAUCACCAGCCAUACACAGAUACUUCAACAUUG